AUGGCGUGUGCCUUGUCCGAAUCGGCUAUCGAUCCGGUUCCAAUCACGUUCCCUGCUCGUGUGCCAGACGUCAAUCUGGAUGAUCGUCUGUCAUCAGCUGCAAGGAUGUUUGAGGGGAUGAUCACUGGUCCGGAGUGCAUAAUUUCUGUUAAAGGUGUCCUAUACACAGGCAGUAUAAAUGGCACGAUAUUCAAAAUCGAGGACGGUGUGUUGAGUAAAUUCGCUCAGUUGGGACCAGCUGGAUGUUUCUCUAUGGAAACCUGUGGUCGUCCACUUGGCCUUCAUUACGACGAGACGAGAGAUCGUAUUUUGGUUGCCGAUGCCUACUUGGGUCUCUUCGCUCUUGACCUUUCAACUGGCAAACCAACUAAAAUCUUUCCUCGCGAUGGCUCGAAGGUGACCCUUUUCAACGCUCUGACUACAUUGCCUGAUGGUCGUAUUGUGUUGUCGGAAAGCAGUCAAAAAUUCCAGCUCAAAGAACUCAUCUACGACUUCCUUGAGGGCAGACCCACCGGAAGACUUCUCUUAAUCGACCCUGACUCGGGUGAGUGGAAGGUGCUAGCCGAUAACCUCUUUUUCGCUAACGGCGUCGUGCUGCACUCUGACGGGAAUUCUGUGCUUGUCGCGGAAACCGGUAACACCACGAUUCGGCGUGUUCCCCUCAACGGUGGCCCCUCCGAGGUGUUCACCGACCAGCUUCCUGGCAUGCCCGACAACCUCAGCAAGUCGCCGCGUGGCGGAUAUUGGGUUUCUCUGGUCGUGUCACGACUUCCAGGCAAGACAAACUUUUACGUUGCGGUCGCCAAGUACCCCUGGAUCCGCUACCUUUGUUACAAGUUUAUUCCCCUGCGUUUGCUGCGGUCCUUCGCGAGUUUAAAUAACCGUGGCUUAAUAGUUAGAAUUGAUGACAGUGGCCAGAUUGUGGAGUCGUUGUACGACCCCUCGGGGAAUAUCUUCAACGUGGCCGAUGUUCUUGAGUUGGAUGGUGUUCUCUGGCUGGGCAGCUACUACGCAAAUUUUGUUGGCAAAUUCGUACUCUAA